CCGUUUGAACGAGCGCUGCCAGUGGCAGCGACACCGGCCGCGGGGGUGUCGUGCUCUGGCCAGCUGCGGUCUCCAGUGUGGACGAUUGAGAACCUUCAAGUUCAGGUGGCUUUUGACGAGGUGGUGUGUGAUCUUCAGCGGUGAUAGGUGAAAGUUAAAUACUUGAGGAUUUUAGCGCCGGGCCUGCCCGACUGACGUCAUUGGACGUGUGUGUAGGACGAAACUUCAGCGCUGGCGUCAAAUUUCCACAUCGUCAUCGGACACCGUGUCAUCUAAUUGACGCUUGAAUUUCAGUGCGAAGAUUGAAGACCUCCUCUAAUUUCUUACGCUGAGGGCCUCUCGCGCGGCAUCAUGGUGCAGCUCUCUGGAGCUUACGGUCGGCUUUCAAGAACCGCCGGUUUCGGCGCGAACAAGGCGGCUCUGAUUGGGUAAUUUGCCGACCCUUCAGUUCACGCCCCACUCCUCUGCCACUGAGAGAGGCGGAUCCUGCAGUGCGCUCGAGAAAAAAAAAACCAGUUGGAGUCUCAACAAGAAAACACGUUCCAAGCCUCGACCCAGCGGCUCUGGUUUUAGACUCAGAGAGGGAUAUAUGCGUACAGAAUGAAGGACUGCUGAGUGGCGUGGUCGAUUUUAGACCGGCGCGGUGGUAGCGUGACGCCCACUGGCCCAGUUCAGACUGUUCGAACGACCGGCCCGGAGGACAGUUGGCAGAUUGAGUUGACUGUGUCGUCACAUUCAGCGGAGGGGCUACACGACCUGCAACUAAGGCGCGCACAAGAGCGGCGUGACACGGACCCGCCCUGUCAUGGGAGCACGACACAGCAAGCACCGCAAGUACCCGGUGCCGCCCGGCGGCCUGCACAUCAGCGCUCCCUACCCGCCAGGACGCUCCGGGUUCGAGGAGGCGGCCGUCACUAGGAACAAUCCCCUCUUCUCGAGUGGAGGAGGAGGAGGAGGAGGUGGGAGAGGGGGAGGCAGCAGGGGCGGUAGUGGAGUGUACCGCACCUACGGUAACCGUCCCAACCCGCCUUCCGAAGAGGAGGAGGACCUGGAUCGGGCCCCGUUGAAGCCAGAGGAGCGCCUCCGACGGUCUAUCAUCCGUAGCCGGCGCGGCCACGGUCACCGCUCAGCACAGCGCGAGGAACGGCGUCCUCGGGAGGACAGGGAGGACUCGGCCGGAGAGCAGCGGUCAGCGCCGCCGUCCGAGCGGUCCUCAGUGCGCUCCUCGUCUCGCUCCUCGCCGCUGAGAGCCAAGGCCAGCGUGCACUCGUUUGAGUUCCCCGGUCCUCCCCCCGGGGACCCGGACGAAGACCUCCGGCAGACGAACCGGGAGGACGAGGACCACGUGACCGUCCUCCGUCAGCCGGAGGAAGAGGAGGCGCCAGUUCCGCGGCCGGCUCCGCGGACCCUGUUCGGAAUGAUGCCUGACGUCGUAGGUCGUCCAGUGACCUCGCAGGGAAAGGACAACUCAGAUGACCGUGCUCCUGGUAAAGUGACUAUUGAAGUGGCUUGGAGAGGUGAUGAACCACAGACUCGAACCCAGGAGGAAAAUCUUGCCGGUGAGGAUGACCUUCUCAACAAGACUAUCUACCCUGACCAGAGCCCUUUCGGGUCAGAGCGGGGCUCCAUCUCCUCUGGGCGUUUGGGUAGCAGUGCAGGAGCUGGUAGCGGGGCCAGCAGAGGCAGCCAUAGAGACAACAGCGGAGGCAGCCGAGACACUAACGGAGACAUCAGAGGCAGUGCCAGGGACAGAGAUGGUGGAGGCAGAAGUGCCCGAGGCAGCGGCGGCCGCUCCCCCGUGCAUGGAGGUCUGGAUCCGCCCCUGGCCGGACCGGGGCUCUCUGAAGGCAAGCUCACAAAUGUGCCUGUCGCUGGUGAGACGGGCUCGGCUACAGGUGGCGGGGGAGGCGGCGGCGGGCCGUCACUGGGCAUGAGACGAACCAUCCGCUGGGGCGACGACGCCGAGGACCUGCCCGCCCGAUUGGAGGGUAUCGUGGAGACCAGCCGCGACACGCGGAACCACUGCUGGACACGGCAGCACCUCUCCAUCCACGGCCACACCCUGGUCACCCCCGACCUGAGGCUGCGCCUUCCGGAGGUCACCAUCCGGCCCGCACCCGAGACCAGCCACCGAAACGCUGUCAAAAUAUGCCGCGGUCACACACCGGAGCUCUUCCUGAAGUUCCGCUCUCGGGACGACUACCGCAGCUGGUUGGGCGUGCUGCGUGCCGGCUCCGGCCAACAAACCGAUGACACCACCAGUGACGUCAGCAGUGACGUCACUGACGAGAAGAAUUCUGUCGGCGACGUCUCUGAGAAGAAGGUUUCGGUGUCGUAUGGAGAGAACAACACCGUCAACAUCAGCUAUGGAGGUACCGCUGAGUCGGAGAAGUUGCUCUCUUCUAGCGGAGGAGGUGGUCUGGAGUUUGAGACCUGGGAGGUGGCGGAGGCUGCUGACGAUUCCACAGAUGGCGCUGCUGUAGACCUCGGCGAGGAAGCGUGUUCGGACGUCAGCGAUCAGCUUAUCACAGGUUUGGACGCUCCCGGGCUGGCGGCGAGCCGCGGAGGCGGACCCAUCUUCUCCCUGGACGAUAUCAGGUCCAACACUCCCCCACCGGCGUUCGCUGAUCAGCCGGUGCCACCCAACUCGGUCCGCUGGGACCUGGAAAUGCACUCUCCGGACCUCCAUCGGACCCCUGCGCGGGGAUCCACCCUGGGAUCCCGCUGGGGCCGGCCCGCCACGCCCCCCGGCGGCCGGUUCCGGCGGAGGUCCGUCUCCCCUCCCGCUUCUCUGACCUCCAACGGAGGCGGAAAGACCUCAGUUCGGGGCUCCUCGGGCGCAGCAGCCGCCUGCGCUCGGCAGAAGCUCCGCUCUGUAGAGACGCAGACCGACUCUGGCAAGUUCGGUAUGCGUCGAGCCGGCUCGGAGUGGGCGCUUCUGGAGCGCAGCGCGCAGACGGCUAGUAUCCGUUCAGAGAGAAUCCGCCGUGCCGCGCAAAUGUUUGAGGAGAUCGCACAGGCGGAGCGCGCCGCCGCGCUGGCGCUGUCUCCCCUGCCGCGCCGGCCGGCGCCGGAGGACAGCCCGGAGCCGGAGCCGGAGCCGGAGCCGGCCGUGGAGCAGGAGCGCCGCUCUCAAGUGGCAGCCAGUCGAUCUGUGGACGCCAUUGUAGCGCUCGGUGGGCCGGAGGGUGAAGACUCUGACAGAGAUGAGGAGUCGGAGGAGCUGCUCUGGCUCAGGGUCAAGACCAAGAUCGCUGAGCGACGACAGAAGUUCCAUCAGCUGGACCUGACAGCUCGCGGCGGGGGUGAGACGACGGAGGAGACCAGGCCGGCCCAGGUGGCGCCACCGUCUCCGCUGCCGGCGCUCAGCCGUCCGGUGCUCGGGUCUUCCCUGUCUGAAUCAGAAGGAGCCUCCUCGCCAGUGACCUCGGGGUCACUCGGAGAUGACCUGGAUACGUCGGGCUCGACAGGAGACGGGUCCGAUACGCUCCGAUGCUGGACCGGGAAGUACAUCGAGCAAGACGAGGAACAAGAGGUCCUGCGCCGCCUGGGUAACCCCGUGCUGGCGGAGCAGAAACUCAACAUGAAGCUGAAGACUCGAACCAGGCUGGAGGCCGGUCGGGCGGAGAGCGAGCGGCAAAAACAGCGGAUUCAGGAGCAGAGGGAUCAGACCCAGCUGAAACUGGACCAGGUCAAGGCCAAACUCACCCGCGACGGAGCCUUCGAGAGAAAAAGAUUGGAAACCGUACUGUAUCGGCUGGACCAGAGCAUCCGCGAGGAGCAGCAGAGGCUCUCUCAGCUGACACGCCGAAUCGCCGAAACCGACGGAGACAUCGAGGGCCUGGAGCGCCGGCUGAGUCAUCUGGUGGUGGAGUCGGAUACUAGAGCUUUGCCCCUCUCCCCGCUAGAGUAACAUUAGUGGUGUGGGAGUGGAAAGCUGGUGGAAAGGCUCUCUGAGCUCGGUGCGGGUGUGGUUGUGGGGAGGUGGGCCUGUGAGGUGCCAUGUGAUUUGUCAGUCCGAAUGAUAUCUGUGAGAGUCAUGUGUACAGAUCAGGUGAUUUGUAUUCGUAAGUCGAGAAUGUUUUCAACAAGCCUAUGAAUUUGUGUGUCCUGUUUUUAUGUGAUCACUGAUUAAAUUGUCGAAAGGCACAGUGUGGCGAUUAUUCCUAAGAUGUGUAAUGUCUGUAGUUUGGCUAUGUAUAUUACAUUGGAGACCUGUAAUCAAGAAAGGUAUUUUAUGUGAACGCACUCCCAGCUUAUUUUUCACAUUUUUUUUCUUGUUCCGUCCUUUCACUGCAUGAUCAAUUGCAAACAAAUUUUCAGGCUUUCUUGAAUGACUUGUCGUGUCCUCGUGAUUUUAUCUUUACUACGUGUAAUUUGAAUGUUGGUGAAAAGCGCUUGUCAAUGUGUGAUGAUCUGUGGGCUUGGCUUUCUCAACCCUUCAUCGGUUAUGGACAUUCGUCUGGCUCGCCGUUUCACAAUGCGCUUCGAAAAUUUGAAUAUAUUCACGACUGUA